AAGGGCCUGGUCCCGGUAUCUCAUCAGAUAAGGAUGAAGCUGGUUGUGUGCUGAAGGGAGUGAAGGGGAGAAGAAAAGGACAAGGUUUGAGAAGAAUGGCGGGGUGAUGUAGAGACAGAGAAAUACAGAGAUGGAGAGUCGGAAUUCCUGAAAGAGAAGUAGAAAGAUAAAGCCGAAGAACAGGCACGGAGCACAAGAAAGAAAGGAGACAGAAUGAGAAAGAUGCUGAGAGAGAGAGCAAGGGAGAAAUGGAGAAAAGACAGCGAGAGUCAGAGCAAAGAGCCGAGAGUGGGGGACGCUGGUUGGUAGAAGGUGUCAGAAGCUAGGAGGUGGCAAAGGUUCAAAGCCUCGAUCCGCGUUCCCCCUCCACCCCACUCCUCUCGCACGGCCCAGCGCGCGGCGAGGACUCGAACGUUCGCGCAAGGUCGCCCAGUCCUCUCGGCUGUCGCGCACUUAAUGGCUGGAGGACCGCAGCGCCCCCGCAUCGGGCCCCGCAUCCACAGUUUCCUGCACCGUGAAUCCAACUGUGCCAAGCCUAGGCUCCCACGGAACCAAGCCUGAGCGCGACCCGGGCGCUGGGACGCCGACUCCGCCGAGGCUGGACGAGGCAGCGGGACCGGUCCGCGCCCAAGCAUGGAGAUGAAGCGCCAGGGAGGGCAUGUCCGGGGUGCCGGAGACGCCAGGCCCGAGUAGCUCCUCCAUGGAGCCUGUACAGAGCGGUCCCUGCUCGCCGGUUUCGCCCCUAGUCCUGUGCGGCUGCUGAGAGCGCUCCUUGCUCUGUAAAGUGGAUGUCAGGUGGAUCUAUGUUUUUGAAGGAACAAAGACUCAGCGAAAGCACCGCGGAGGAAGUUUGAGACGCGGGAGGAUGCAGGCUGCGUGCUGGUACGUGCUUCUCCUCCUGCAGCCCGCCGUCUACUUGGUCACAUGUGCCAAUUUAACGAAUGGUGGAAAGUCAGAACUUCUAAAAUCAGGAAGCAGCAAAUCCACACUAAAGCACAUAUGGACAGAAAGCAGCAAAGACUUGUCUAUCAGCCGACUCCUGUCACAGACUUUUCGUGGCAAAGAAAAUGAUACAGAUUUAGACCUGCGAUAUGACACCCCAGAACCUUAUUCUGAGCAAGACCUUUGGGACUGGCUGAGGAACUCCACAGACCUUCAAGAGCCUCGGCCCAGGGCCAAGCGAAGGCCCAUUGUUAAGACGGGCAAGUUUAAGAAAAUGUUUGGAUGGGGUGAUUUUCAUUCCAACAUCAAAACAGUGAAGCUAAACCUGUUGAUAACUGGGAAAAUUGUAGAUCACGGCAAUGGGACAUUUAGUGUUUAUUUCAGGCAUAAUUCCACUGGUCAAGGGAAUGUGUCUGUCAGCUUGGUGCCCCCUACAAAAAUAGUGGAAUUCGACUUGGCACAACAAACCGUGAUUGAUGCCAAAGAUUCCAAGUCCUUUAACUGUCGCAUUGAGUAUGAAAAGGUUGACAAGGCUACCAAGAACACACUCUGCAACUAUGAUCCUUCAAAAACCUGUUACCAGGAGCAGACCCAAAGUCAUGUAUCCUGGCUCUGCUCCAAGCCCUUUAAGGUGAUCUGUAUUUACAUUUCCUUUUAUAGUACAGAUUAUAAACUAGUACAGAAAGUGUGCCCCGACUACAACUACCACAGCGACACACCUUACUUCCCUUCUGGAUGAGGAUGAACAUGGGUGAGACUGAAGCCUGAGGAAUUAAAGGUCAAUAUGACAGGGCUGUUACCUCAAAGAAGAAGGUCACAUCUGUUGCCUGGAAUGUGUCUACACUGCUGCUCUCGUCAACUGGCUGCAAAUAUGCUAGUGGAAAACAAUCUGAUGUAAUUUCUGCCCAGUCAGCUUCAUCUCUUGGUAUAGUUGUAAAUCACCAUAGAUUUUAAAGGCACACUUGAAGACAUGCUCUCAUACAUAGAUGUACACAAACACACAUUCAUAUACAUUUCAGCUUGCAUCUGUCAUGAUUCCUGUCAAGAGGGCUUUCAUUGUCUGACUCAUAAUGGUUUAGGAUAAACUAUCAUCAAAUGAAAGGAUUAACUAGACAGUGAAUGGUUUCUAACACUUGUGGUUAUGGAAAUCUCUUUUAAAGUCUUGAGUACAUGCUCAUCAGUAAUCCUCAUUCAUGUAUUCCUACUGCUUGGAGUAGCUGUACUGGUAAAUACUACUGUAGGAGUAUAUGCUUGUUAAAAUGGAAAAAAAAUGUGUCUUUAGAGCUCAGUAUUUUCUUUUAUGAACACAACAAAAUGUAGUAACUUUUUCCCAGCAUACAGUAGGCACAUUCAAGGUUAUGUAAGAUGGCUCUUUUUUCUAUGGAGGGAGGCUGUUUUCAGUAAAGAUGAGCAAACAUUUGGAAUUUACAUGUGGGCAGACAUUGGAUUACAGCUUUCAUCACCAGUCAUUGGACUUUCUCAAAGUUGAGACCAGCUAAGGCUGAUUAAAACAAGUUCUGAUCAUUAUAUAAGAAGGGAAAUGCCUGACAGACACCAUGUAAGUUAUAAGUGUCUGUCUUAUCUUUACUACACAUAUUGUAACAAAUUCAAUAUCCUAGUCUUCAUUUGUAUGAAUGGUUUGUAUUGUACAUAGUUUAACCAAGUGUUAUUUGAGCUGCUUAUUAAUAUUAACUUGUACUUGUCUCUGCUUGUUAUUGGUUAAAAAGAAAAAAAAAGGAUAUGAGGAAUCCAUUUUAUCAAUGUAGCUGUGACCUCCAUUAAAAAGACAAACUUAAUGUACAAAGCAUUUAUUCAGCUCAAGUAUUGUUGAAAGCUAAACAUAUACAACAUUACAGUCUGUCUGUAUUUAGAUAUUUUAUUUCUGGACAAAAUGAAAUGUACAUAAAAAUAAAAUGCUUAAAGUUGAGUUUCAA